AAUUCAGCUAUCUCUAAAAUGGGCCAUCCAAUGGCUGCAGGGGUUGGUGGUAUAUAAACCCAAACUGGAUUCUACUUGCUUGGGUGACCCCUAUUUCGGCUUUGGUGAACAGGAUCUGAUCCCAAGGACUGUUACCUCUUUUGUUGGCUUGUGUGCAGGUUAGAAUCGCAAUCAUGCCUUUUGGAAACACCCACAACAACUUCAAACUCAACUACAGUGUUGAGGAUGAGUAUCCAGACCUUACCAAGCACAACAACCACAUGGCCAAGGUGCUGACAAAGGAAAUGUAUGCCAAGCUUAGGGACAAGCAAACACCCACCGGUUUCACCGUGGAUGACGUCAUCCAGACCGGUGUUGAUAACCCAGGUCACCCCUUCAUCAUGACCGUCGGCUGUGUUGCUGGUGAUGAGGAGUCCUAUGAAGUGUUCAAGGAUCUCUUGGACCCAGUUAUUUCUGACCGCCAUAAUGGAUACAAGGCAACUGACAAGCACAAGACUGACCUCAACUUCGAGAACCUGAAGGGUGGUGACGAUUUGGACCCCAACUAUGUUCUCAGCAGCCGUGUGCGUACUGGCCGCAGCAUCAAGGGAUACGCCCUGCCCCCCCACAACAGCCGUGGAGAGCGCAGAGCUGUGGAGAAGCUGUCUGUUGAAGCUCUAAGCAGCUUGGAUGGAGAGUUCAAGGGUAAGUACUACCCCCUGAAGUCCAUGACUGAUGCCGAGCAGGAGCAGCUGAUCGCUGACCACUUCCUGUUUGACAAACCUGUCUCUCCCCUGCUGCUGGCUGCUGGUAUGGCCCGCGACUGGCCUGAUGCAAGAGGCAUCUGGCACAAUGAGAACAAGACCUUCUUGGUCUGGGUGAACGAGGAGGAUCACCUGCGUGUCAUUUCCAUGCAGCAGGGUGGAAACAUGAAGGAAGUGUUCAGACGCUUCUGCGUUGGCCUUCAAAGGAUCGAGGAGAUUUUCAAGAAGCACAAUCACGGAUUCAUGUGGAACGAGCAUCUUGGUUUCAUUCUGACCUGCCCCUCCAACUUGGGCACAGGCCUGCGUGGUGGCGUCCACGUCAAGCUGCCCAAGCUGAGCACACACCCCAAGUUUGAUGAGAUCCUGACCAGACUCCGUCUGCAGAAGCGUGGCACAGGUGGUGUGGACACCGCUUCCGUCGGUGGAGUGUUUGACAUUUCCAACGCUGACCGUAUCGGCUCCUCUGAGGUGGAACAGGUGCAGUGCGUAGUUGAUGGUGUCAAAUUGAUGAUUGAGAUGGAGAAGAAGCUGGAGAAGGGCGAAGCUAUCGACAGCAUGAUCCCUGCCCAGAAGUAAAGCGGGAGGCCUUGCUUUGUGUUUUCCUCAUCUUUUUUACAGUCCAUCGUGUACCUUGACAGCAAUGCAGAGGAAACUGCUGCUCAAAAAGACAGUCUUGACUUUGCAUCUGUCUUUCCUUUUUCCCUUCUUUAUUUUUCAUGUCAUUUCACCAUUUCUUUUUCCACUUUGUUUCCCGUUCAGUCGGUAACCUCUUGGGAUCAGAUUCCCGGCACAGGUGUGCGUGUACCUGUCGUCGAGGCUUCACCUAAAUUGUAGCCUUGGUUGUAAAAAGUAAAUCAAUCAAGUUCUAUUUAAAUAAAAAUACCCCAUAAAACACA